UUCAAAUACCGAGCAAAGCUUUCCAGCUUCAGCCUUGCUCUGUUUCUUGUUUUAUAAGUCGCUCUCUGAGGCCUUUAAUGUAGAGGCGAGCUGAGAAAAUUCUCAUUUAUUACCCUCCAUUACCUCCAUAAUAGACGCUGGCGCCAUCAAGUUCGAUUGAAGAGACGCAUAUCCUUAUCUAUUCGCUCCGCGAAUCUAAAGCGCCCAGAUAACAUACGUGAGAAUGGCAGAGAAUACAACAUCCCUCGAAAAGAAGCUGGGACCAGAGCUCGGAGGAUUGAACGAUGAUACAGUUGCCGCCGUUGACCAUGGUGUCGAAGUUAACGCAGCUGGUUAUAAAGAUCAGCUAAAGCGACAAUAUGGUCUUCUCGGCAUCGUCGGUAUUGCGCUCACGGUGGACAACGCCUGGGCAGCUUUAGGUUCUUCGAUCUCAGUUUCUAUUCUCAACGGCGGCCCACCGGGUCUCAUUUACGGACUCAUUGUUGCGCUCUUCUGGUAUUCAUUCAUAGGAAUGAGUUUAGCUGAGCUGGCUUCAUCGGUUCCUACUGCGGGUGGUGUCUACCAUUGGGCUACCAUCGCGGCCGGUCCGAAAUGGGGACGAGCUGUAGGGUUCUUUACGGGAUGGAUCAACUUCUACGGCUGGAUGUUUGAUUUGGCUGCCCUAAUCCAAAUUACGGCCAACAUCCUCGUCCAGAUGUAUGCGACUUACCAUCAAGAUACCUACGUUCCAGACGCCUGGCACGUCUUUGUCACAUACCUUGGCGUCCUAUGGCUCUCAGCUGCCUUCGUUAUAUUUGCCAACAAACUCGUCCCGUAUACGCAGAAUUGCGGCAUGUUCUUCGUCCUCGUUGGAGGAAUCAUAACUAUUAUUGUGAUAUCGGCAAUGCCGACUACUCAUGCUACCAACCAUUUUGUGUGGGGUUCAUUCAAAGAAAACAACUUGACGGGUUGGCAAGACGGAGUCGCAUUUCUCCUUGGCGUCUUAAACGGAGCUUUCACUAUCGGUACACCCGACGCCAUCACUCAUAUUGCAGAGGAGCUUCCGAGACCAAAGAGAGACCUUCCAAGAGCCAUGGGGCUUCAGAUUGGGUUGGGAUUCCUUUACGCGUUCAUCUUCGCUAUCGCACUAGGCUAUGCCAUUACGGACAUCGAAGCUUUACAAGGUGGAAUCAACACGUACCCCCUUGCUGUUAUAUACCAACAAGCAACCGGAAGUCCAGCUGGAACGUUUGGCCUCUUGUUCGUCCUGUUCCUUAGCAGUAUUUGCUGUUGCGUUGGAACAGUGCUGACUAACUCACGCACGUACUGGGCCCUUGCUCGCGAUAAGGCCGUGCCUUUUUACGGUAUUUUUGGUCAAGUUAACGAAGACCUAAGCUGUCCUGUAUACGCUACCCUGUUUGUCACGGUAAUUGCUACGGGACUUGGAGCCAUUCCGCUAGGAAGUUCGAGUGCUUUCUUAGCUCUUACUGGGUCUUUCAUCGUUCUAACAACUGUAUCAUACGUGAUUCCGUUCGCCGCAAACUUGGCAACUGGCCGAAAGAACUUCCCCCCAGGCCCAUUCCACAUGGGAAGAUUUGGUUAUGUGAUUAAUUCUACGGCUGUCUUGCUAACCACUCUAUUUGUUAUCCUUUUCUGCUUCCGUAAGCCGCAUCUAUUCAUUUUCAUUAGCUUCAUGACUAACUUUACUAUUCUAGCCUACGAAUUACCUACGACGGCCGAAGCCAUGAACUACAACAGCGUAGUACUUGUAGGCACCGUUACCCUCUCUACGAUUUGGUGGCUUAUCCACGGAUCUCGUCACUACCCGGGACCUAAGGUGAUGAAGUUAUAUAUCCAUAACGAUGUAAUUGAAACGAACGGCGAAGAAGUUAAGAAUACCGGAACAUCGCUAAAUAACGAAAGCAUUCCAACAACCGAAAAAUAGACGAUAGACUUCAAUCGCGGGGACCAGAAAAAAAUAUAGAAUGGCGGAAGGCGGGAUUCGGUUUCAUCAUUUUGGUAUCCGGUUCUCUUGAAUCAGAGACCGUACUGCGAAUUAUACAUCAUCUAUAUACCAUAUACCAUAGGGCUAGGUGUUUCAGGUUUGUCUAGAGGUC